GAGCGCCCUGCUAUGUAUAGCAGGUCGUGUGCUCAGCCUCUGACAGCGGCGCCGCUGCACCAGUCUCAAGACGCUGCCGCCCGCGCGCUGCUAGACACCCACCGACACACGGUAUAUGGCCUCUUUACCCCCCUGAAGGGGGUGUGCAGCUGCAGUGGCGCCAUGCCGCCUGGUCACCAUGCGAUGAGUCUCGCUAGGAGCUGGUGAGAGCUCCGGGCAGCAUGUGGCGGCUCAGCACCGCUCGCUCGCUCUACACGUGGGCGUGGCUGUGGACGCUGCUGGUCGGAUGUCUCCUGCAAACGCACGCCGCGCGCAGACCAGUUUAUAGUAUUCGCAUCGCUGGCGUGUUCGACGAGUCGGGCCCGCCGGCGCUGGUGCAGGCGUUCCGGUCUGCGGUGGCAGCCAUCAACAUGCAGACGCGGGCGGACGCCAUCCUGGGCCGCCUCGACCGCCGGCCCCUACUCGACGCCCAGGAGGUCACUGUCAGCGCGCUCGACAGCUUCGGCACUGGCAGGAAGAUGUGCAACCUGACGCUGGAAGGCGUGGCAGGCGUGGUGGGACCUCGGCAGAGCGCCUCCACGGACAUCGUCCGCUCCGUCUGCGACCGCCUCGAGAUCCCGCAGAUCGUCCUCAACUGGGAUCCAAAGCCGCCGCCUUCGCGCCGCUACCAGUUCAACCUGCACCCAGACGCCGAAUUCGUCGCACAGGCGCUGGCGGACGUGCUGCACGAGUUGCAGUGGCGCUCCUACACGGUGCUGUACCAGGGCGACGAGUCGCUGUUGCGCCUGCGCAGCGUGCUGCAGGAGCGCGACCGCAGGGAUCCGCCCAUCGCGGUCCGGCAGCUCGACGAAAGCGGCGACUACAGGCCAAUGCUGAAGGCCAUCAAGCAGUCGUCAGAGUCGCGGUUGGUGCUGGACUGUGACACUGACAUGAUCCUGGCAGUGCUGCGACAGGCUGCCGAGGUGAAGCUGACGGAGGUCUACCAGUCGUACUUACUCACCUCCCUGGAUGCCCACACUUUGGAUUUGACUCAGUUUCGUCUCAGUGGUACCAACAUCACAACACUGCGACUCAUCCAGCCUGACAGCGAAGCCGUUCUGAAGACGAUGCAGGACUUCGAAUACCGUUGGAAUAAAACUCCUGUCACAAUCACUCCGCAUACGAUGCGGGUGGAGUCAGCGCUGACGUACGACGCCGUCCGCGUGCUGGCCGCGGCGCUGUUCCAGGCCAGCACCAUCGGUCGCCUGCGGACCUGGCCGCUAAGCUGCCUGGACGAGGAGGCCGUCUGGGACCACGGCAUCAGCGUGAGGGACUUCAUCCGCGACAUGCGGCACGAGGGCCUGUCUGGCAACAUCGUGUUCGACGCGGAAGGACGCCGCGUGGGGUUCUCGCUGGAAGUGCUGGAACUGUCUGCGACAGGCUUCAGACCCAUAGCCAAAUGGACACCGGAGGAAGGCUUCGUCAGCAGCAAGACUGAGAGCGAGACGCUGGAGGAGAAGCAGAGCAUUCUCCAAGGUCGCCACCUCAUCGUUUCAUCCAGAAUAGGAGCCCCGUACUUGAUGGAGAAGGAGCAUACGACGCCGCCGCGUGUCGGCAACGACAGAUACGAGGGCUACUCGAUGGACCUGAUCACACAGAUAUCAGAGAUUCUCAACUUCACGUUCGAGUUCAAGCUGGCGCCCGAUGGGCAAUACGGCAAUAGAAACGAGAAGACAGGCAUCUGGAACGGGCUCGUUGGCGAGCUGAUCGCAGGGAGGGCAGACCUGGCCAUCUGUGACCUGACCAUUACGGAGGAGCGGCAAUCGGCCGUUGAUUUCACCAUGCCCUUCAUGAACCUAGGUAUUAGCAUCUUGUACAGUAAGUCCGAGAAAGCGGAUCCGAACCUUUUUUCUUUCCUGGAUCCGUUCACCAUUGACGUUUGGAUUUACAUGGCUACGGCAUAUCUUGGAGUAUCUUUAACUUUCUUCGCACUGGCAAGGAUGGCCCCUGGCGAAUGGGACAAGGGUCACCCCUGCGACCCGGAACCAACGGAGCUGGAGAACACGUUCAACAUGAUCAACAUCUUCUGGUUCUCCAUGGGCUCCCUCAUGGGACAAGGCUGCGACCUGUUACCCAAGGCCGUCUCGACGCGGCUGAUAGCUGGCAUGUGGUGGUUCUUCACGCUCAUAAUGAUCGCCUCCUACACGGCCAACCUCGCGGCGUUCCUCACCAACAGCAGAAUGGAGUCUCCCAUCAAUGGCGUAGAAGACCUGGCGAAGCAAACCAAGAUCAAGUACGGCACUUACGGCAGCGGUUCCACAGCGGCCUUCUUCAGAAACUCGAAUGAUUCGCUGUUCUCUCGGAUGUACACGGUGAUGAGGCAGGCGAGACCCGACGUCUUCACAGACGGCAAUGCAGAGGGCGUGGAGCGCGUCAGGAAGGAGAAGGGCAACUACGCCUUCUUCAUGGAGUCCACCAGCAUCGAGUACCAGACGGCGCUCAACUGCGACCUGCGAAAAGUCGGCGGGCAACUCGACUCCAAAGGCUACGGCAUAGCACUGCAGCUAGACUCGCCGUUCCGGACGGCGGUGAGCAGCGCCGUGCUGCAGCUGCAGGAGCGCGGCAACCUGAGCGCGCUCAAGACGCGCUGGUGGAAGGCGCCCGAGGGCAAGCAAUGCCCCUCCGACGUGGACACGGUCGACAGCGCGGAGCUCGGCAUCCUCAACGUGGGCGGCGUCUUCCUCGUGCUCUUCUUCGGCACCCUGGCCGCCUUCUUCGCCGCAGUCCUCGAGCUGCUGUGGAACUGCCGCACCAUCGCCGUCGAAGAGAAGAUAACGCAGUGGGAGGCGCUGACGUCGGAGCUGAAGUUCGCGAUGAACUGCAGCAACGACGAGAAGCCCGUCCGCAAGACGCACGACGAAGACGCUGGUGGCGGCGGCGACAACGACGCGGACGUUGACGGCGAGGACUUGGAAGGGCUACGUUACGGCAGCCGCUAGACGCCUCCCAGCGCAAAGGCGCCUGCUCGGUGGCGCUACUGCUGCUUGGGCUAUGUGGUUUCGUGGCAUUUUCCACUAAGUGGAUGGACUCUGUGUCCUGUGAAGCCCUGCCUUAGGAUACCACUCAGAAUUUUUGUUCAUCCCGGUUAAAUCAUUAGCAUGUAUCGUAAGAUUCAAGAACGUACAUUAGUGUUGGGUUACUAUCGUGGCACGUGAAACAUAACGCUGAAACAGAAACAUGUUUGAAUUUCAAGGUCUGUGUUAUCCAUCUAAUUAUAAUUACUGCGAGUCUUAGCCGGAAGAUAAAAAUACGAACCUAAAAAAAAAUGUUUUUGAGGCACUAUGUAUGUUUCGGGAGCACCUUUCUAUGUGCUUGCAACAUUCCUUCACCUUCGGUCAUAAGCUUUUAUGGGCGUAGACAGUUAGAAUAAAAUACUUCUGGUUAUGAAAGUGCGCCGUGAGGUUCUUUCUUGAAGUAGUGUUUUUAAUAUUUUUCAUUACGUAGGUAGAGCUAACUGUUCAGGUUGUGUUCCGUCAACGACUUUUCAGCUAAAUAACUCGCUCGACAUUACCAUGUACCCAGUCCCAAUUGUGUUUGACCAGCACACCUGACUUCUUCGGCCAUCUGGACUGGACCGAUACAGAUGCUGUUGAAGACGACUUCCCGCAUGGCAUUUCACUUUAUCAGUGGGCUGUACCACUCCGUUUUGGCUCAUGUAGGGCGUGCUACGAUGUUGUUGUUGUUGUUGUUGUGGUCUUCAGUCCUGAGACUAGUUUGAUGCAGCUCUCCAUGCUACUCUAUCCUGUGCAAGCUUCUUCAUCUCCCAGUACCUACUACAACCUACAUCCUUUUGAAUCUGCUUAGUGUAUUCAUCUCUUGGUCUCCCUCUACGAUUUUUACCCUCCACGCUGCCCUCCAAUACUAAAUUGGUGAUCCCUUGAUGCCUCAGAACUUGUCCUACCAACCGAUCCCUUCUUCUAAUCAAGUUGCGCCACAAACUUCUCUUCUCCCCAAUACGAUUCAAUACCUCCUCAUUAGUUUCGUGAUCUAUCCAUCUAAUCUUCAGCAUUCUUCUGCAGCACCACAUUUCGGAAGCUUCUAUUCUCUUUUUGUCCAAACUAUUUAUCGUCCAUGUCUCGCUUCCAUACAUGGCUACACUCCAUACAAAUACUUUCAGCAAUGACUUCCUUAGACUUAAAUCUAUACUAGAUGUUAACAAAUUUCUCUUCUUCAAAAACGCUUUCCGUGGCAUUUCCAGUCUACAUUUUAUGUCUUCUCUACUUCGACUAUCGCCAGUUAUUUUGCUCCGCAAAUAGAAAAACUCCUUUACUACUUUAAGUGUCUCAUUUCCUAAUCUAAUUCCCUCAGCAUUACCCGAUUUAAUUUGACUACAUUCCAUUAUCCUCGUUCUCUGCUUUUGUUGAUGUUCAUCUUAUACACUCCUUUCAAGACACUGCCCAUUCCGUUCAACUGCUGUUCCAAGUCCUUUUUCUGUCUGUGACAGAAUUACAAUGUCAUCGACAAACCUCAAAGUUUUUAUUUCUUCUCCAUGGAUUUAAAUUCCUAUUCCGAAUUUUUCUUUUGUUUCCUUCACUGCUUGCUCAAUAUACAGAUUGAAUAGAAUCGGGGAGAGGCUACAACCCUGUCUCACUCCCUUCCCAACCACUGCUACGGUAGUAUUGCUCAAACAAAGAAUUAAUUAUGUAAGUUUUUUUCGAGGUUAUAAUUGAAACUUGAUGCUACCCCUCACACCCAAUGGACGCUUCAUAAAAAGUUGGUGCAAGGCAACGACAGGUCACAUGCGCCUAGAUAGCAACACUGUGGUAUUUUUACAUAUUCACUGAUGGAGUAGAGCACCGAGUUUGAAAGUACUACGAGUGUAUUAUAAGGUUUAGACAGUAUAACGAUUCGAGUGUGAAAGAACAUAAAAAAAUGUCCUUGUAGACUCAUAUUCUUGCUAAGGAGCCACUUGUUGUUAAGGGAAAGAUAAGACACUGUUAAAAUAAUUAAAGAUCAUAUUAACAUAAACCUCCUCAACAAUCUUUCGUCAUUUUCUCUGACACAAUAGCUUAUCGGUUGACUGCAUCCGUGUACCUACUAGUUGUAACUACCGACUGCCUGAGCGAUGUCCAGGAGGAGAGUCGAUCAGACUCUCGAGGGCAUCGACUGGGAAGUGGAGCCAUGCCGACUGCAGUGCCGUGUCCAGCACCGCUAGAUAUCUCGGUUGAGGGUACCUGGUGCAAAGAGAUCGAUCGAGGUGGUCACACAGAUUAUCGAUUGGGUCUAAAUCCGGGGGUUUGGUGGCGAUGGAAGUAUGGUAAACUCAUGCUGGUGCUCUUCGAACCACGCAAGUACUGUGUAACGCAUUGCUUUGCCCUGCUGGUAGAUAUCAUCAUUCCGAGGGAAAAUGUAGGGUGGACAUGGUCCCCAAGGAUAGAUGCGUACUUGGUUGAGAAACUGUACCUUCCAGUAUUACGAGAUCACCCAGGGAAUCCAGCGAAAAUAUACCAUAGAUAAUGACACUCCCUCCUCCGUCCUGGACUUCCGAAAAUUGUUGCAGGGUGUUUUCCUUCAGAAGUUUCGUGCCCGAUGUAGCAUAAAGCGAGAUUCUUCUGCAAAGGCCACCUGUCGCGACUCGGUGGACGUCCAGCUGCGGUAUUGGCAUGCAAAUUACAGCAUUCAUCACUGAUGAACAGCAGUCAGCAUGGGUGCAUGAACCGGCGCCUGCUGCAAAGACCCAUAUGCAGCAACUUCGCUGAACGGUCGUUUAGGAGACACUGUUGGUAUCCCUUUUUCAACUGGGUGUACAGCUGCUCAACAGUUGCAUGUCUACUCGGCCGUACACAACUCCACAGCCAUCGACGACACCUGUCAUCUAUGGUGUAUGGUGCCCCAAACUAGCCUAGGCGCCGGUUUUGGAUAGCGGUAUCUUGCCAUGCAAAAUACUUUAACCACAGCGGCACGAGAACAGUUUACAAACUCAGUCAUUUCGGAAAUGCUUCUACCCUUGGCCCGAAAGCCAAUGAUUGGGUUCUUUUGGACGUCAAAUAAAUGGCGCCGUUUCCGCAUUAUGACAACGACUGUACUGUUACCGCGUCCCGUUACACGUUUUAUAGACGCUCCGCUGGCAGUGCUGUCACUCACCCUCUGUGAGAGGUUAUUGCAGGUUGACGAACAUAGGCAGUAGUUACUUAACGUAAUUGGUCCGUGUAAAAACUAAUAUUUUUAUUUUUAAUUUUUUAGAUCGGGAUGAGUGGCGCAGCGUCGCGGCAGAUAUUUAUGUCUUUACUUUGUGACAACAAUCAUAUGAAAAUUAUUUCGAAUUAAGCACGCUCCUUCUUCCCUGUUCGCAUUAUCCAGCCACAAUACGAGUUCUUUGACACCAGUGUCAACAAGGAGCAAUGUGACGCAGCAGUAUAAAGAUAGCCAUACUGCCAUAAAAUUACCAAUACAUUGAUAAUCCUGACGAAGACCACUCAGUAGCCCCAACAUUGGAGAAUUUUAUCCUAUGACUCCAUAGCAGUGUGAUGAAUUUUAUUGAAAUAUUUCGUUACGUCGUAUCUCACGCAAUAGUAACCUACAUUCGCAUAUUUUGUGAACCCUGAAACGAGCUUUUCGAAUUUCGGCUGAAGAAAAGAUUUCACCUGCUAUGUCAAAUACUUUACAUCAAUCUCUUGAUCUUCAGAGACAUUUUCGAGAGUCUUCAACUCUGGAAACAAGUGAAGGUCACUUAGAGUAAGACUAUCACGAAUUGCGGAAAAUCCAUUUCGAUUCUCCUUCUUUUCCCUUCCCUCAUCCCGAGUCUUCACGGGGUCGGUGUGUUAAUCUGUGUUUGGCUAUGCUACUGGGAGAGGGUGACCGGGUGCCGUUCUUGUUGCCACCCUAUCCUCCCGAGACGGAUUCUGUGUUUUGCAUCAGUCUGCGUUUACCCAUAUGACAGUGUGAGGACGUAUUUAAAAUGCUUGCAAUUGAGAUGGGAUCGAGUACCAGCCCGAUAUUCACCUAGUCGUAUGUAAGAAACCGCCCAAAAACUACAUCCAGGCUGGCAAGCACACCAGCCCUCGUCGUUAAUCCACCGGGUGGAGGAAAAUUCGUUUAGAUUGCCAUGUUCAUUAGCAUUUUGGAUACUAAGAGACGGGGCAGCUUUCAGUUCCCCACCUGCCUCUAAUUGUUAUCAUGUUUUGGAUUGAACACAACCAUUUCCAUCAAACUUUUGAUCGCAGUAGCGGAGCAAUUGAGAUGUGGUGCACAGUGGAUCAUUCAAAGGCAAUAGAAAAACGUUUGUGGAGGGGGCGUUGUAACAACUGUCACAUUUUUAUUAGAGUUGCACCUUUAUUUACCUUGUACCUCGUGUUACUGUGCAUCUUUACCUCUUCGCACCUAGUGGGCAGAGGAGAAAAAACGCUCUGGGGAAAUUAUGUUUGAUAGAAUAUAUAUGCUAAUGGAAAUAAAAAGCAAAAUGCAUUUCA